UCGAUCCCAGCUGCCGUGCUAUCUGCACUACCGCGUCAAGGUGACAAGCGCCUGUGUAUGAAGGCAAUCUCGGUCGUCGGCUGCCCCGGCGAUGGGAAUGGGAACUGCUUUGACAGCAAGCGCGCGCACUUUCAACCCAAGCUCCUUCCUGAAAUCGUGAAAGCCUACAUCACCGAAAAGUACAAAGGAGUAGCAGAACAGUCGCAA